UUUGGCAAAACUCUCGCUAUAUGAAUAGCCAGCCUAGCUAGAGGAAAAUAGUUCACCAUGGGGUGUCUUGCCUCAUUAUUUGAAAAGGACGGCCCAACUCAGUGGUUCUUAACUUGGGUUCGAUUGAGUGGGUAAGCCUCAGCUGUUCGGUGAAAGUUAAGAAACGCAGAGCCCUACUUUGUACACUGACUAAAUUUAGGCAAAGUGGUGUUUUAGAUCAGGUCUUGGACUGGUUUGCCCUCAAUUUACAGGCUUUAUUUCAUUUGUUUGAACUGUUAGCACUCUAUCUAAUUGGAGGAGAAAUCGGUUUGCUCAGUGGAAGGUUGAGUGGCUCUUGGUAUGGUGGUUGUACCCAUUGUCAGCGUGUUGAAAUGGUCCAAAUGCAGAGAAGAAAGUAGUUUUGUCAUAGAAGAUGUGGAAUGACUCCUGACUGUGACUAGCUCCAGAAAUGGCACCAGUAGAGGUUAGGGCUCUUCAAAGCCUUCCAACUACCAAGAUGGAGAUGAUGAAAGCAGCUAAAGCCUUGGUCGAGAAAGCUAUCAAGAUGCACAAAGUGUUUUCAGUGCAAGGGCAUUAUCCUGUCAUCCGUGCUGGGCUACGUGCCAGAGGGUGGGUGGAACGUUAUUUACCCAAUGCAGGCAACAGAGUGUCUUCUCGCCAGAGUGAUAAAGACAAGGAUGACGAUGAUGGCAACACCGAAGCAAAUAACAGUGGUAGGAUUAGAGAGAGGGGGGAUACCGGAGAGGAGGACGAACUUGACCAAAUGUACAGCUUCAUGUCCCAUCUCGUCCGAAAUGAGAAGACUUAUUUCUACUGGAGUGGACGUUUCGAUUCCGACCAUUUUCGCUCCCUAACACCGAACCAACUGAUCAAUCACUAUGCAAAUACAGGAAAUUUUACCACCAAGGUGGGCCUCUGUGUGAACCUGCGUAACCUUAAGUGGUAUGACACUGCAGAUCCCGACGCCUUCUUUCCGAGAUGUUACAGGCUCGGGGCUAAGGAUGAGAGACAUGCAUUCAUUGAUGACUUCAGGAGGACAGCGUGCUGCAGUCUGAUAAAGCACGUGGUCGAGACAAACAAGAAACAAGAAACAACAAACCAACAAACCAAAGAUGAGGGAAACACUCAAAACGUCUCUCCAGUCAGUCCAGGAGUGAUCAAGACAGCCUUGCAGAGGUGUCAGGAGUAUCUGAGUUCUCUCGAGCACUGUGACAUUGAUGUGACUGUGGAAACGCUCCCAUUUGUGGAGGAUAAUCAGUGGAAUCAAUUUCUGCAGAAGUAUUACAUGGUAGUGCAUGACGGGGCAUCGAUCAUGAGAAGUGCUGAUUUUGUGAGCCGUUGCCAAGACAUGUUGGUCCAAUUGAAGGAAGUCUGCCCUCAGCUGGAGAUAGAUGGAUUCAAUAACAUCUGGAUUAUCAAACCGGGGGCAAUGUCAAGAGGAAGAGGUAUUGUUUGUAUGAAUCGCUUGGAUCAGAUUUUAGCACUGGUGGAGUCAGACACAGUCGUAGCAAACGAUAGCAAGUGGGUGGUUCAGAAGUACCUGGAACAACCUCUGCUGAUCAAAGGAACCAAAUUUGACCUGCGUCAGUGGUUUCUCGUCACUGACUGGAACCCUUUGACGGUUUGGUUCUACAAAGACUGCUACCUGAGGUUCUCCACUCAGCCAUACUCCACCAAAAGACUGGAUAGCUCCGUCCACCUGUGCAACAACUCCAUCCAGAAGCACCUCCAGCCAUCACGCGAGCGCCACCCGGGCUUGCCCAGGGACAACAUAUGGUCUAGCUCCGACUUGAAGGCUUUUUUGCAUCAGCAGGGCCAAGGGGCAAAAUGGGAGAGUGUGGUGGUCCCGGGUAUGCAGCAAGCUGUGGUCCAUGUCUUGCAGACAGCCCAAGACCAGGUGAAGCACCGCAAGGCGGCCUUUGAGUUGUACGGCGCCGAUUUCAUGUUGGGAAAUGACAUGAAGCCUUGGCUUCUUGAAGUCAACACCAAUCCCACCAUGGCCUGCUCCAGCGUCGUCACAGCUCGGCUCUGCCCAGCCGUUCAGAUGGACACACUGAAAGUGGUCCUGGACAGACGAAAAAACCCCAACGCCUUCACCGGAGGCUUCCAUUUGAUUUACAAACAGCCUAGAGUCAACCCCCCGCCGUUUGUUGGACUGAGACUGAUAGUGGAGGGAAACCACAUCAAGACACCGAACUCUACCAAGUGCAAACAAAGGCCUCCACAGACCCAAUUUUCUCCCGAGGAUAAAGAAAAGACGACUAAACGUCAAGCAAAACCAUGCCGGAAGAUACAUGUGCGCAGGCCUCCACCAGAAAAGAAGUCGAAGACGCCUCCAAGGAGGGAAGAAGAAAGAACAGUGGUUCAGAAUGAAAGAACAGUGGUUCAGAAUGAAAGAACAGUGGUUCAGAAUGAAAGAACAGUGGUUCCCAAUGCCAUCGGGAUAUCAGGAGAACAAGUGGUGGAGAACCACAAUGAACCCAGUAGGACAACCCAAUGUUUGGUUGUGAGUGGUGAUAGCAGUGUAGCUCCAGUUGCUCAAAGGAGACCCUCCUUUUCGCGUACCCCCAAAUCUUGCAGUGUUUCACAUGUCUCUAAAACUUCAAUUAAACCAAACCCUAGAGAGCACGUGUGGAGGUCAAUCCUUCCCGGGACUUCUUUUUUUCCGAGGCCCUUGCUGUGUCUCACAAGCAUGCAGCCAAAUAUUCUGCCAAGCUAUCGAAAACGUUCUAUGGUGACCUUUCAACAUGAGGCGAAUUACAGAUUCCACAAGCAGCGUUAUAUUGAAACUAUGUCGAGAUAUGUUAAGUGACAAUGUACAGGAAGUUUUUGUUUUCAAACUCUAGAUUAAAACCAGAUUAAAACCACUCCCCCUUCAUGAUUUAAAUACACUGGCACUCUUGUUAGGUACAACGGUGGUCACAAACCUUUGCUGAGCCAUGUACCAAUGUCAUGAGAAGACUGUUUUUUGACAAACCAGCAUUAAAAUAAAUCAAAAA